AUUCAGUGUUGCAAGAGCAUAAGGUGGUCGAGUCAGUUUCGCCAUAAUGGCCUCCUUCUUCUUCUGCUGUCACGGUCACGUACGAUGGCCCUCAAGCGCUUGACAUUCGUAACUGGAAAUCUUAAUAAAUUGAAAGAGACCAAGUAUAUUUUAUCUCAAGGAACGCCAAUAGAAUUGGACUUGCAAGACCUAGAUACUUACUCUCCAGUACCCGAACUGCAGGGCACCACCCAAGAAGUCGCCAUAGCUAAAUGCCGUCGUGCAGCUGAGCUGCUGGGCAAGCCGUGCAUAACCGAGGAUACCGCAUUGUGCUUCGUAGCGUAUAACGGGCUACCUGGUCCAUACAUCAAGCACUUUAUGAAGACACUCGGCCAUGAAGGCUUGAAUAACAUGCUCGUAGGAUUCCCGACGAAAGACGCUUAUGCGCUCUGUACUUUUGCAUACAGUGCGGGUCCGGGCACUGAGCCGAUCCUCUUUGAGGGCCGCACGGAUGGUACGAUCGUCCCUGCCAGGGGACCUGGCGAUUUCGGGUGGGACCCCAUCUUCCAACCAAAAGGCUUUGAUCAAACUUACGCCGAAAUGACCAAGGAACAGAAGAAUAUCAUUUCUCACCGAUACCAUGCGCUGGUUAAACUCAGGGCAUAUUUGGCGACCCUCAACACUGAAAACAACCUCUAGAAAGCUACUUCUUGGCAAAGUAGCCAGAAUCCAAUAUACAAUUGGCUGUGCAAUAAGAUACAUCUGGAGUUCUUAGGUCCGAUUCACUGGCUUGCAGUAAAAUGAUGUGCAUUCUACU